CCGCUCCACCCAUCAUGGGACAACAAGGCGGACAACCGCAGGUGACAGGCCCUGCCAACAACCCCCAACAGGCCCAACCGGGCACCCAGACGGCAACCCAACCCCCGGACCCCAUGGCAAUGCUCGUCCAGUCGAUGACCCUCCUCACCCAGUCUAUGGCCCAGCUCGCUGCCUCGACCACCGGGGCCAAUAGUCUGAAAGCGGUCCAGAAGCCCUCCCCCUUCAAAGGCGAACAAGGGGGUGAGGCACGGCGUUUCCUGGCAGCGUUCACCCUCUGGGCCAUGUCCCAAGGUUUGACGCUCAAUCACGUCGAUGCUAUGGGCAACGCGAUCAGUGCGCGCGAUGACCAAUGGAUUCAAGCGGUCCUCUCCUUUAUGCAGGACAGUGCAGCUCUCUGGGCCACCCCGGCGAUGGAGGAGAUCACGCAGGGCACCACUCCGUUCAAAGGCUCAUGGACGGAGUUCCGCACCCAGUUCAAGGCCCGUUUCGAGACAGUCGACGAGGUGGUCGAUGCGAAGGAACACCUCCGCACAUUGUGGCAAGGCUCCAUGACUGACGAGUUGGUACACACGGCGAGGCCCAUCGCUUCUCUAGAAGACCUCAUCACCGUCUCCUCUGACAUCGACGUCCGUGUCUGCCAACGCCGUGCCGAACGGGAUCGUCAGCGCGGACGUACCGCCACCACCACAGCGACCAAGCCGGCAGUUCCACUGCACACCACCCCCUUCAUGCCGCCUACCAGGGACCCAAAUGCGAUGGACAUUGACGCGACCCGUACGCGCGAAGAGUUCAACCGCCUCAUGCGCGGCAAGUGCUACGGUUGCGGGUCUAUGGCGCACGUCAAGAAGGACGGCGGCCACAAUUGGGACAUCUGUGGCUACUGUCGUCGCGUGGGGCACCGCGAGACGGUGUGCAUGGACAAGUUCCUGAAGAAGCCCCGCUCGCAGAAGCUCGCUGCAACAGAGGAGGGACCCGAGGAACCCCAGGUCGCAGCGUCGACGUCAACGUCUGCGGACGCCGGAGCAACCAACGCCCUCAUCGCGCAGCUCAUGGAGCAGCAGAAGGCCCUCGCGGACCAGCUUGCCUCUCUGCAGAAGUCUUUUUAGAGUGGGCGCGUGCGAAAGCUGCCGCAGCGGCGCCCUCCAGUACAAGUACGGACUCUUCACCUCCCCAGAUCCCUGACCCCUGCCUGUACGAUAGUGUUAGUUCGUGUAUCAUCCCCGAAUUAAACCCGUCUAGCUCGCAUUUCCGCGUCAGUGUGAUACUCAAAGGCAGAAACCGUAGUGUACGUUCCGCAGCUAUGAUAGACAGUGGGGCAACGGCCCUUUUUAUCAGUCACCGUUUCGUAAAGAAGAACAAUGUCUAUUUACAUAGGUUAGCUAGAGACAUUCCCCUCUA